GCAGGAAGUGCCUCAGCACGACACUGACAGUUAUUUAUCAUGGCGCUUGAUGUGAAAAGCAGAGCCAAGCGGUACGAGAAGCUGGAUUUCCUCGGAGAGGGUCAGUUUGCCACAGUGUACAAAGCCAGGGACAAACUGACCGACACAAUAGUUGCUAUUAAAAAGAUUAAGGUUGGCCACAGGACUGAGGCUAAAGAUGGAAUUAAUCGGACUGCACUCAGAGAGAUAAAACUGCUGCAGGAGCUCCAUCAUCCGAACAUUAUCGGGCUGUUGGAUGCUUUUGGACAUAAAUCAAACAUCAGCCUGGUGUUUGAUUUCAUGGAAACAGACCUGGAGGUUAUCAUCAAAGACACUAGUUUAGUCUUAACUCCAGCCAACAUCAAAGCCUACAUCCUCAUGACUCUGCAGGGAUUAGAGUAUAUGCACCAGCACUGGGUCCUACACAGGGAUCUGAAGCCCAAUAAUCUGUUGUUAGAUGGCAGUGGGGUGUUGAAGUUGGCUGAUUUUGGUUUGGCCAAGUCUUUUGGCAGCCCUAGCAGAGUCUACACACAUCAAGUUGUUACCAGGUGGUACCGAUCACCUGAGCUCCUGUUUGGUGCCAGGAUGUACGGUGUGGGUGUUGACAUGUGGGCAGUGGGAUGCAUCUUGGCAGAGUUGCUGCUUCGGGUUCCGUUCCUUGCUGGAGACUCGGAUCUCGACCAGCUUACUAAGAUCUUUGAGGCUCUGGGAACACCCACAGAAGAAACGUGGCCUGGCUUGAGUAGUCUUCCAGACUACGUGUCCUUCAAAAUAUUCCCCGGCACACCGCUGGAACAUAUAUUUAGUGCAGCUGGAGACGAUUUACUUGAGCUGCUACAAGGUCUCUUUACCUUUAACCCUUCAGCGAGGACCACAGCUUCACAGGCUCUAAAGAUGAGGUACUUCAGCAAUCGGCCUGGUCCCACUCCUGGUCCCCAGCUCCCCCGGCCAAACUGUUCGGCCGAGGCUUUGAGGGAGAAGGAGACAGUCGGUCUCAAGAGAAAAAUCGAAGGCCUGGAGACAACUGCAAUGAAGAAGAAGCUCAUUUUCUGACCAGGGACCGGGUUAAAUCCGAGGAUCACCACUGCAUGGCUCAGCUUCCUGCAUUUCUCAGGACUGUCCACUGGAAAAAGGAAAAGGAAAAAAGUCUAUAACCAGUGGAGGCUCCCUCACACGUGGUUGACUUUAGGACAUUUUAGAAGUUGUAGCCAGCGUAUGUGAAUUGUUAACUCUAAAAUAUUCAGCAUGCUGCUGUGUCCAGAUGGCCAGCGAUUGAUCUUCAGCAGACUGCUGUUGUCAGUAGCGUUGGCUCUGGUCCUCCUUCACUGAUGCCUAAACUCUGUGAGCCUGUGGGGAAAAACGUCUAUUUAUGUGUGUGAAAAAGAAAAACAAACCAACAUGUGAGGAUUUAUUUCAUGUGAAUGUUUUUGUAUUGUUAUUAUUUUGUAUGUCACAGCAAUAAA